AUGGCCUCCAUGCUCAAGAACUACUUCGGUUUGGGAAAGGUCCCGGCGGAGACCACGUCCCAGGGGAACAACCCAAUGCGAGCUCUGCCAGCUUCGUGGUACACCUCGCGGGAGAUGUACGAGCUGGAGCGGCGAGCCAUCUUCUGCAGGAAGUGGCUGUUGACCACACACCAGCUGCGACUGCCCAACUCGGGCGACUGGCUGAAGUAUGACAUCGCGGGUUACGCCUUCAUCCUGGUGCGUGACCGCGAGGGCCAGAUCCACGCCUUCCACAAUGUCUGUCGCCACCGUGCCUUCCCCGUGGUGACGGAGGAGGGUGGCACCGCGCGCAUCUUCUCCUGCAAAUACCACGGCUGGUCGUACGGACUCAACGGCAAGCUGGCCAAGGCCCCCGGGUAUCAGGAACUGGAGGGGUUUGACAAGAGCAAGAACGGUCUCCUGCCCAUCCAUGUCCACAUCGACCGCAACGGCUUCAUUUGGGUGAAUCUGGACAGCAACGCUCAGCCCGAGAUCUCCUGGGAGGAUGACUUCCACGACAUCGACAUCCAGUCUCGGUUCGCCGAUGUGAACUGGGCAGACUAUAAGUUCGAUCACACUUGGGAGAUGGAGGGCGAAUACAACUGGAAGAUUCUGGCAGACAACUACAACGAAUGCUACCACUGUGCCACCACCCAUCCAGAUAUCCCAUCGCUAGCGGACAUCAGCUCGUACUCAGUGGACACGAAAGACGGUAGCAUCAUCCACUUCGCACACAGCACCCCCGAGCAGAUUGCCCGCGGGCUCAAGAUUGCCAGCACUUACUACUUCCCCAAUGCGUCCAUGACCGUGUCGCCUCAUUUCUUCUUUAUGCAGCGCUUCGUGCCCACGGGUCCCACCACCUGCGUUAUGCGCUACGAGGUCUACCGCAACGUCUCCUCCAGCGAAGAGGACUUCCAGCUGAUCAACCAGAUGUACAAGCGCAUCAUGUCCGAGGACAAGUACCUCUGCGUGCACACCCAGAAGAACCUGAACACGGGGGUGUUUGUCAACGGCGAGCUGCACCCUCGCAUGGAGAAGGGUCCGCUGUACUUCCAAGCGGCGGUGCGCGACAUCGUCCAGCAGCACCACCGCCGCGAACAGGAGGAGGGGCACGAGAUCUGGCCCGCACGGCAGUCGGUGCCGGCCACGGCGCAGACCAGCAAGGAGGAUCUGGACUUCUGUGCCCAGCUGACCAGCGAGAGCCAGACCGCCACGGGGGAUUCGUGCCUGACGGCGGCGCGCGAGACCGACGGUUGCUGUGGAGGCAUGGCAUGUCAGACUGCGGGAGAGACAUUGGCAUUCUAA